ACGACGCGCAUAGCAGCUGAGCUUCAGCAGCGGAUAGUCGCGCUCGAUAUAUACAUACAUACAUACAUGGAGGAGAUAGUCAGUGGCGCGACGAGGCUGAGACACCAGCGAGCGAUUAUAUAGCUGCUGCAGUGCACCGCUCCAUAUACUGAUAUACACGCUAUAUCGAGCUUGCGACGCGACCAUAACCUACGACGGAUUAAGCUCCGCAGCAGCGAAAACAAAAAAAAAACUCGCGUGAGUGCAGAGAGAGAGAGAGAGAGAUGUAUUAUUGUAUACGAUGCGAUCUGGAUACGUUGCAGCGGAAGAUAACGCGCGAAAAUAGAGAGAGAAAAGAUUUGUAAUAAUUAACGGAGAGAGACGCGUUAUCGAGUAUACAGGCUGUGUGUGCCUGCUUAUCGCGCGAUUAUCAUACAAAUAGACGGCGUGUAUACUAAACGUGUGCGUACGAGCGAUCGAUCGAUUGGCCUGUAACGUUUCGUUUUUUUUUAUAUAUAAACACAACGUAUGCGUUUGUGCAGUACGAACGGGUAAAAAACAGUCGAAAGUGCGAGAGCUUGCGGGCUUUUCAGAUCGAAGAAAAAAAAGUGCCUGCAGCGCGAUCGGUUUUUAUUUCAAUUUUUAUCAAUCUUUGUAUGUACCCAUCGAUAUAAUAUAAAACGAUACUCUUACACCGUUUCACAUCCAUCGGCUGUGCAAAUAUAGCACAACUUCUGCUCGCUCUACAAGUAACCGGCGCAGUCGCUAAAUUCAAGAUCCGCUGCUGCCGCUGUCUGGCUAUACAUAUCAUCAGGCAAAAGAGGCCUAUAUCAUGAGUAAACUGCUGGCGGCCCUCGCAGCGGGCUCGGCGAGCGUCUGAGGUCGCGCGCCCCCCCUCAGCGGCGGCGCCCCCUCAAGCCCUCGGCCAGCCCUCGAUAAAAAAAAAAACGCGCGCAGAGCUCCGUCCAACCCGUCUCGUUCAUGGACAAUGAGCAGCCGCACCAAGAGCUGGUCAAGUGCGUCGUCGUCGGCGACACGGCGGUCGGUAAGACCCGGCUGAUUUGCGCCCGCGCCUGCAACAAGCAUGUCUCGCUGUCCCAGCUGCUCACCACCCACGUGCCCACCGUCUGGGCCAUCGACCAGUACAGGAUCUACAAAGAUGUGCUUGAGCGCUCCUGGGAGGUGGUCGACAACGUCAACGUCUCGCUGCGCCUGUGGGACACGUUCGGCGACCACGAGAAGGACCGGCGCUUCGCCUACGGCAGAUCGGACGUGGUGCUGCUCUGCUUCUCCAUCACCAACCCCGUGUCGCUGAGAAACUGCAAGGCGAUGUGGUACCCGGAGAUCCGUCGCUUCUGCCCCCAUACUCCGGUGCUGCUGGUCGGCUGCAAGAACGACCUGCGCUACAUGUAUCGCGACGAGGCCUACCUGUCGCACUUUCGCGAUCGAGGCGCCGCGGCGCCCUUCGUCCGAGCCACCCGCAAGUCCGACCUCGUGAUGCCCGACGAGGCUCGGGCCGUGGCCCGCGAGCUCGGCGUCCACUACUACGAGACCUCGGUGUUCACGUACUACGGCGUGAACGAGGUGUUCGAGAACUCGAUCAGGGCCGCCCUGAUAGCCCGCAGGCAGCAGCGCUUCUGGAUGACGAAUCUGAAGAAGGUGCAGCGUCCGCUGCCGCAGGCGCCCUUCUGCCCGCCGGAGCCGCGCGCGCCCGAGCUCCAGCUGGCCACGAGCAGCUACGAGGACAAUAUCGCGGCUCUGUGGCAGUCGCUCGAGCACACGGACGUCGUCCUGGUCUGCGCCGACAACAACAACGACGACGCGUUCGAGGCGCAUCGAUGCUUCCUGGCCGCGGCGUCGCCGGCCUUUCAUCGGCUCUUCACCAUGGACGUGCUGAACAAUCAUCAGCAGCAGCAACUUGGAACGCCGAGGAGCUCGAGCGACUCGAGCACGCUUGGAUCCUUCGGCGAGGCGACGGUGGGCGAGUUCAACGACGACACCGAGUGCCUCAUACGCCUGGAGCAGAGCAAGGCCAACAAAGUUUGGGAUCAAAUCAAGCGUCGAUCGAGCUUCCAAGUGAUGUCGAGCCACGAAUCUCAGAGGCGUGCGAUCGGAGCCACGCGAGAGCUCAAUCAUCCCGCUUUCCAGAGCAUACGCGUCGUCGUGGCCGACAACGGAAACGGUACGUUCCAGCAGACGACCCUCGUCACCCUGUCGAAGAUCAUCACCGGUCAAGCUCUGCAGCAGUGCCUACAGUUCAUCUACACCGGCAAUCUCGACAAACGCUGCCAUCAUCUCAAAACAUCUUCUUUCGGGCUUCUACUGGAGGUGCGCCAGGCCGCCGAGUUCCUGGAGAUACCGCAGCUGCUGAUGCUGCUCGACAACGGCGUCGGCCCUUCGGCGGGCGACCUCUACAUCCACGGCAACGUCAAUCGGCAGUUCAAGCACGCGGUGCGCCAGCGGCUGGAGGCGCUGUGCCUCGAGCAGGGCUUGUUCGCCGACGUCGUGUUCGAGCUCGACGACGGCAGUCUGCCGGCCCACCGGGCCAUACUCACCGCCAGAUGCGACAUGAUGAAGGCCAUGCUGUCGGGGGACUUUCGCGAGAGCACGGCAAAAAUCAUCGCGUUCCCCGGCGUGCGCGAGUACACGUUUCACAAGCUCCUCUGCUACCUCUACACCGACGAGAUACCGGCCAUAUCGUCGGCCAAGUGCCUGAACCUGCUCGAGCUCGCCAAUCGUCUCUGUCUGCCGCGCCUCGUGAAUCUCGUCGAGGCCCGAGUCAUCGAGGACCUGGAGAAGCUCGCGAAAAACGAGACCGAUAAUACCAGCCACAAUCCGGAAGAUCAAGGUGGCAGCGGCAGCAGCAACGAGGCCAUGGACAAUUGUCUGCGUCUGCUGGAGCUCUGCAAGCUGCACAACGCCGAUCAGCUGGCCGACUGGUGCAUGAACUAUCUGUGCGUCAACUACAACAGGAUAUGCAGGGCGUCGCCGCGCAGCCUCAAACUGCUGCAUCCGGACAAUCAGGAGUACCUGAGCGAGCAUCGCUGGCCUCCCGUUUGGUACCUCAAGGACUACGACUACUAUCAAAAGUGCCUCGCCGAGCAGGACCGCGAGACCAAGGUGCCGGUCAAGCGCAGCUCGUCGCCCGCCGGCAAGCAGGGCUGCCUCUGCUUCUCGACGAGCAACAGUCGCAGUCGCAGCGCCAGUCGAAGCCGCAAAGCUCGCAAAUCCGCCGCCACCGUGGCUACGGCAGCAUUGCAAAAAGCCAACAGCGAGCCACUUCGAAACGAGGAAGGGGAAGAGGAGGAGGAGGACGAGGAGGACGACGACGACGACAACGACGAGUACGACCGGCGACACGUAUGACAUCGCGUGUCGAGCGGCUGGUCGUCGGAUCAUCCCCGGCACCGACGUCGCUCGCUGAGAUUCGUCCUCCUCGUUCUGCCCAUGCUCAUACUCGUGUUUAUCGGCACGAUUUUUACCGUUUUGAUACUGAUACAGAUCUAUACUUAAGAUGAAAAUAUACAAUUUUUUUAGCUUCACCCCCGCAGCUCUUUAUUCUUCUCUUCUUUUUUUUUUUUUUUUUUUGUAUACAUUCGUCGAGAUAAAAACGAUUAUGAGCGGACAAUUAUAUCGAACGCAUUUAUUUUAUUCAAUUUAUUAUAUCUACGUUUUUUUUUCUAUUCGAUUCAAGCGAGAUUGUCGAAUGCAUAAUGCCGAAUUAAUUAAUGCCUAUUAUACGAUACACACCAUGUUUAUAUACAUUGUUACGAAGAAAAAAUUACGUGGUUUCGUUGUUACUCGUUGUUACUCGUGGAGAGUGUUGAGAUUUGGACAAAAAAAUAUUUAUACAAACUGCGACGAUGGAUGCUGUGCGUGAGAAACGACGAGAGAAAAAUAUGAGAUGUUCAGAUUAUUGUAUAGACACGAUGACACGGGAAGUGUCAUUAUUUUUGUAUCGACACUUUCAAAGAGUGACGAUAAACGAGCGACGGUCUUUAAAAAAAGAGUAACGAAUUUUCCGAUAAACAUCUAUUUUUAUCGCGGCUUUUAAAUUUGUCUCUUUCACCCGCGAAGGGAUGUAUAAUACACAACGACCGCAUAAUAUAGGAAACUACACGAUUUCGAUUUGUAUACUUCCUGAUUUUACCGGGGGGAGGCAAUUAUAUUAUGUAAAACCAGACCAAGGUCGACCGAUUCUUUUUUUUUUUUCUUUUUUCAUGCAUAAUUGUGAUAAAGAGCUAGAAAAUAUCUAUAACGAAACGGUGAUCGAUAUUAGACACAUUUUAGAAAUUUUCUCUGCACUCAUUAUGAAUGAAUUUUAAUACUGCACUCGAGUCUUCGAUAAAUUUGUACGAUUUUAACGACUCGUUAUCAAAGCGAAGUCGAUGGAAAUAACCGUAUUUUAAAAAUAAUGAAUUUCUUUUUAUUGCAUAUCGAUGCGGAUGUGCGUUUAAUUUCUUUUGCAAAUCUGUAAGAUAACAAAAAAAUAUAACAACAGUAAUAAACGAAUGAAUGGCGUAAACGACGAUAUCAGAUUUAUAUGUACACGAGUAACAACAACGACAACAAUAACAACAAAAACAACAAACGAUUUAUAAUUAUUACAUUCAUGUCAAAAAAAAAAAAAAACAAUUUUGUACGUAAAAAAAACUGUCAAUAAACGAAGCGUAUAUAUUCAGCGCAUAAUAAAUUCGCA